AUGUCCUCGCCGUGUGCUCGCUGGAUCAGUGGUAGAAAACCUGUUGGCCAAACCUUGUUCAAACAGGGCAUGAGCAAUGACGGAGGACAUGGCGUGGAGCGUUUUCCUGCCCAAGAGGUGGCGUUCCUAGCUUACAAACCGUCGGGGACCGGCACUAUGAAUUUUAUCGGCGUGAUCCAGACUGCUGCCGACUAUCCCCAACGAUCCACUUUUUGCGGUUCCGCCAGUUUGGAGGUGGUAGUGGUCUGCUUGGACCGUUGUUUGAGAAAAGAUGUAGCAACAGCUCACGCAUUUGCUGGGUCAUUUCUUUCGGAAGCGGCUAUGCGAACUUAA